UACUAGUUAUACUAUUGGAGUGAGAGCAUAUACUAGUAUUGGACCAGGAGAAUGGACUGAUAGAGAAUAUACUGCUGCUCAAAUUUUUGCAUUUGUAAGUCAAUACUUUUCUAUAACAAAGUUCAGUUCUAAAGCAGUGAUAGCUGUCUGGAGUUCAGUUCCUGGAGCUAGUCAUUAUACUGUCUAUUAUGAGUCAACCAAUAGCUCCGGAUCCUCAAGAAAGAAGAGACAAGUAGAGACAGAAAUGAGAGUAUUCUCAGGUGAUACUACUGAAGGUCUAAUAGGAGGAUUAGAUCCUAAUCUGAACUACUUGUUCUCUAUAUCUACAUCAUUUAAUGUUAAUGGAACCAUUUAUGAAGGAGAGAGGACUCAACCAAUGCCACCAGGCAUUAUUGUAAUUCCUACUAUAACUGUUGUAACGUCAUCAACAGCAAGUGAUACUCCAACUCCUACUAUUGUAUCAAGCACUUCAUCAGUCAUUAGUGUUACAGGAUCAUCAACAAUGUUUUAUUCUACUGAAACAACUACCAUGACAACUCCAUUGACUACUGCAUUGACUACUGCAUUGACUACUGCAUUGACUACUGCAUUGACUACUGCAUUGACUAUUCCAUUGGCUACUGUAUCAGCUACUGUAUUAGUGGAUAGUGGAGUAAAUACUGGAGUGAUAGUUGGUCUAAGUAUAGCUCUCACUGUUUCAUUAGUACUGGCUGUAAUUAUAAUUAUUAUACUGGCCCUAGCUUUGUACAUAAAAACAACUAACAUUAAUCAAAAAAGUGUACAAUUACAUAGAAAAUUAGAUAAUGACAUUGCAAUGAAGUGCAGUCCAGCUUAUACUACAACUGAAUUUACAAAUACUGCUGAUGAUAUACUAAUGAAGGAUAGUCCAACAUAUGAUACAGUACAACGAACACAAUUAACUGUUGAGCCAGUGUAUGAUACAGCUGGGCUCAAGACUACUACUACACCUGCUGAAUAUGAAAUACCAACAGUUUCAUGAUUUGGUGCACAAUGCAACAUUAAA